AGGAUAACUGAAUCCUGCACACUUCGGUCCUGACAACGACAAGUCUUCUCUGUCGCGAUCCCCCAACUCCCCGCCGCUAGGGUUGCAGGGCCGCCGCCGCCGCGUCGCCCGACAGCCUCGCCUGACUCCGCCCCAGCCGCCGGCCUCGACGCCCGCCCCGGCCUCGCCUGACUCCGUCCCAGCCGCCGGCCUCGACGCCCGACGCCGCCUCGCCCAACUCCGCCCCGCCCGCUGGCCUCGACGCCCGACGCCGCCUCGCUCGACUCCGCCCCCGCCGGUGACCUCGACGCCCGACGUCGCCUCAGGCGAGCUUUCUCCUCUCUGUCUCCUAGAUGGAUGGAUGAGUGGAUGAACUGGAUGCAUGUUUCCUCUCUGCUCGGUCUCCUAAAUGUAUGGAUGAAUGGAUGUAUGUUUGUUUGGUAGGAGUAGAUGAUUUGGUUGAUGUCUGAAUGGAUGGCGCUAGCUUUUUCCUAGAGGAUGGAUGGAUGGAUGAAUUUUGGUACUGUAUUCUCCGUCUCUCCAGCCGCCAGACACGAAGAAGAAGUCCGUGACUCUGGCAGCGGUUGCCCACGUCCAAUAAAAAGGAAGCCGCUGCAGUUCCAGGGACAAGAAGAUGACAGCAGCCAAGACCAAGAGGCGCACGCCCGAUGGAACCGCCGGACGCAGGCCUUGGAAAAGGGCACGCGAUCUCCCCAGUCCCAGCCACGGCGAUCUCAUCAGCGACCUUCCCGAUGCCAUCCUAGGGAGCAUCAUCUCCCUCCUCCCAACCAAGGACGGCGCCCGCACGCAAGCUAUCUCCCGGAGAUGGUGUCCGCUCUGGCGAUCCGCGCCUCUCAACCUGGACGCCUGCGACAUCUGCCUCAACAAGUUCAAGCUCUCCUCCAUCGUCUCCAGCAUCCUCUGUGAUCACCCAGGCCCGGCCCGCCGCUUCUCGUUCAACCACAUUCGCCUGCACAAACUGAAGAAAAAGUUGGCUGAGGACGCUGCCCAGAUCGAGAGCUGGUUCUGCUCCUCAUGCCUCCGCAACCUUCAGGAACUUGACAUCAGCUUCGAGUUCUGGGGUGGUUUACACGCGUCAGUGGACCACUACCAGCUGCCAUUACCAUCCAUGAUCCGCUUGGCGCCGACUCUUCUCGUGGCCCGGAUCGGCAUGUGCAAACUCCCAAGUGACAUUGCAGCGCCUUCUCUGAAUUUCCCCCUCCUCCGGAAACUCACUCUGUGGCUUGUUUCAAUCUCGGAGGAAGCCAUGGACGUGUUGCUCUCUGCCUGCCAUGUUUUGGAGGCGCUGUUUCUGCAGGACAUUCAUGAUGUGGGUUGCCUCCACAUUAGCUCGCCAACUCUUAGGAUCAUAAGCUUCAGCGCUACUCUCCUUGGCAGAGAAGAAUUGGUCGUUGACGACGUACCUCGCCUUGAAAGGCUUCUUUGCCGAGGUGUAGACGGUGAGACUAUUCAAGUAAACAAGGCGCCUAAACUGAAGGUAUUGGGGCCUUUGUCACCACACGUCUCCAAAAUCAAGAUUGCAAACCUAGUCUUCCAGGGAAGGAUCCGGCCCAGCUUAGGCCAUUCGAUAUGCACCAUGAACAUUUUGGCUCUCAAGUUUUCUGGUCCUGAUUUGAACGCGGUUCUCGGUGUUCUCAACUGCUUCCCCUGCUUGGAAAAGCUCUAUGUCAUUUGGGACGAAUAUUUGAAGGCAAAGAUGAAAAACUUGUAUCAGUAUGACCCACUAAAUCCAGUCAAAUGCCUUGAGAGCCAUCUCAAAGUACUCGUGUUGAAGAAUUACACAGGUGGCGAGGAAGAAGUUGGAUUUGCCAAGUUUUUUGUUUUGAAUGCGAGGGUGGUGAAGGAAAUCAACUUUGCAGUGUGUGACACGAUUGCCAUCGACAAGAAUUGGAUGACUGAUCAACUCAGGCUGCUACAAGUGGACGCUCGGUUGAAAUUCAGAAGCGGUUACUCUCGCUGGCAGACCAAUUAUGUCAACUCAAGUGACUUGUCAAUUGCCGACCCUUUCAGCUGAUGUUUUGCAAAUGGGGUCGAUCCUCUUUCCAGGGAAACCGUAUAGUAUAUAUGUGCUCUGUCAAUGGCCUAUCCUAGUGAGGGCUUCCUUUAUAGAUUACGUUGAUAGCUGAAGAUUGUGUGUGUCUUCUUUGCAAAUGGGAUAGCUUUAUGCUUGUGUUGAGGAUUGAAUUAUCUCUCCUUUUUUUGCACAUAAGUAUGUGAUUUUCUAA